CUUUCAUCUCCUUCUUCCUCUUCUUCUUCUUCUCACAUUUACUUAUAUCUAUAUCUAUCACCUCCUAUUCUCAAAUCAAAAAUGUAUGACUAACUAAACUACACACACACACACAUGUAUACGUAUACUUCAUCAUCAUCAUCCGUAGUAGUCGCAGCAGAAUCAACUAUGUCCUGUUUGCUCCCUCAAUUCAAGUGUUUGCCUGAUUCCUUUUCUAUCCAAUUCAAACCUCUAAAUCAUCAUUCUUCUAGUCACUCUAAAUGUAGAGAGCCUAUUUAUUUUCCGACUCGGUGUGUUUUAUCAACUACAGCACCCCCUGUAUUAACAGAAUCCACAGUGCUUAACUUAGAGAAGCUAAAGCUAUCAUCCUUAGAAGCUCAUUCAAAUUCAGGUACUGUUGACAGGCAGUGGUCAUCCUCCUCCUCAUCAUCAUCAUCGGCAUCAACAACAGCUGGAGUGCUUGAUAUUGAAAAGUUCCAGCUACCAUCUUUAGAAUCUCAUACAAGUUCUAUUGCUGGAAGUAGACCAUGGGUGUAUUCUGGUGCAGUAGGUCAGGUAAAUAAAGGAACAACUUUGGCUUCAGAGUUUGCCUCAACUGAACAUGCUGAUGCAGCUGCUGAAGCAAUUGCUUUAGCCAGGGCUGCAGUAAAGGUCGCAAAGAGUGCUGCAACAAUGAUGAUGAACCAUCAGAGCCUCAAACCAUUAAAUAUCAAAGAAAAACCUAAGUUACCUGAGUCUGAUAUCUCCAUAAAUGAGCCGGGGACAGAACCUUCAGAAGAAGUUGAACCCACAAUUGAAGAACUUCAACUUCUUGAAGAACAGCUCUCAGCUAGCAUAACUGUGAGAUCAAAGCGUCAAGUAGAACGGAAAGAGAGGAGAAUUAGAGCAGCAGAAAGAGCCGAAGCAGGUGCUGUGUCAGUAAAAUCCGCAUCAGGCAGAGCUCGGGUUGCCCCCACCACAGUUCCAGUGAAAUCUGGCGUGAGCAGAAGACGUGGUGAGAAAAAAGACGUUUUGGCUUUUUUGGGAGGAAUGACAAAUGCCAAGCUUCUGACUGCUGCAGAGGAAGUAGAACUUUCUAAAGGGAUACAGGACCUGUUGAAAUUACAAGAAGUCCAUACUGCUCUUGAGACGCGUUUUGGGGUGCCUCCCACUUUUGCAGAAUGGGCUUCUGCAGCAGGCAUCGAUCAGAUACAAUUAGGGAGACGUUUACACUAUGGUGAAGAAUGCAGGGACAAAAUGAUUCGGAGCAAUAUACGACUUGUUAUUUCUGUUGCAAGAGGUUAUUAUGGUACGAAGGUGCAUCUUCAGGAUAUCGUUCAGGAAGGAAUCCGAGGCUUGGUUAAAAGUGCAGAGAAAUUUGACGCUUCAAAGGGGUUCAAAUUUUCAACAUACGCUCAUUGGUGGAUAAGGCAAGCUGUCCAAAGGUCUCGAGCUGAACAAAGCAGGAUAAUCCAUGUUCCGUAUUAUAUGGUGGAGGUCCAAUCUAAGGUGAAUGAGGCCAAAUAUAGGUUGGAUAAACAGCUUGGAAGAAAACCUACUCGUGCAGAAAUUGCAGUUGAAACAGGCCUCUCCAUUAAGAGGAUUCAAUCUGCAGAACAAGCCCCUAAGCCAGCUCGAUCUAUUGAUAUUCCUGUCGGGCUGGAAAACAAUACCAAACUCACGGAUCUUCUUGAUGAUCCUGACCAAGAGACUCCUGAGGAAAUAUUGAUCAAACAAACUAUGUCAGAGGAUUUAGGGAAGGUGUUGAAUACAUUAGGUGAAAAAGAGCAAAAAGUCAUCAGAUGGCGGUUCGGGUUAGAAGAUGGUAAAACAAGGACUUUGCAAGAGAUUGGGGAUGUAAUGGGUGUAAGCCGCGAGCGAGUCAGACAGAUUGAACUGUGUGCGUUCCGUAAGUUAAGGAACACUGAUAGAACCGAGACUUUAAGGCAAUACUUGCCUCAAUGAGACUUACAGUUGGUAUGAAAGGCAAUACUUGCCUCAAUGAGGUAUACAGUUGGCAUGAAAAGUAGAAUAUAUAUUCAAAUGUGUACAGGGAAAUCUUCUGCACCGAAAGGUCUUCGGGUGGGGUUAAGUAGCGAAUUUUCCAUACUUGAUCCGCGACCUUGUUGUGAGAUGAGUGACUUUACUGGUGGUUGCAAGAAUCGAUCUUUUUGUCCUUUUUCUUAAUUUUUGCUUAUUCUUGAUCUUCUUUCAGGCUAUGUCAAUGUAUUAUAUUCUCAGUAUGUAUGGUUCUUUAUUCAUGUAUACAAGCAAAAUAUUUUAACAUA